CCCCCGAGUCUGAAUUAAACAUGCAACAGUGGCUGUAACAUCCACCACAACGUCUUUGACCGACUGCUUGUAGUCACAUUCAUAUUUUUAUACACAUUUCCUCCCCCUCCACAACAAACUAGUCUGAAAUUGGGCUGCCUUUAUUCUCUCUCUCUGUAACAAUAUUCCCUCCUUGACCCCCCCUUUUCCGAGUCUGACAGAAUACUGGUCCAUUCCCUCCCUCUCCACCGCCCCCACCCCAACUCCCUACAAUCGCUACCACCGGGUCACAGACCUCUGUGAGCCGGGCUUGGUGCGUCUCCUGUCGGCUUCAGUCUCUCCCUUUCUCUCUCUCUCUCUCUCUCUCUCGCUGCCUCUCUCUCUCUCUCUCUUUCUUUACUUAACACUCUCAGGAUGCAAAAGACCUGGCUCAGGAUCUGUCUGAAUCAACCCACAGCCCGCUUCCCUCUGCCGGAUCGGUGCUAAAUUCGAGGAGAUUUUAUUUCCUGAAGUACCAACUUUUCUUGCGGCUGAACAGGGAGGAAAAUGAGCAAGAAAGGCUGCCACCUCGAGCUGUUCCUGAUGUUGCUCGGAUUGGAGUUCCACAUUUCAGUCUCUUGCCCCAAACACUGUGUGUGCUACCCUUCCCCGAUGACUGUCACUUGCCAGUCGCAUGGCUUCACCUCCAUCCCGGAAGGAAUUCCAGCCAACAGCGAGAGAAUUUUCCUCCAAAACAACAGGAUAACCCUUCUGUUGAGGAACGCUUUCAGCCCAUCCACAGUCACCCUUUGGUUAUAUUCCAACAACAUCACUUUCAUUGACCCGGAGGCCUUCCAUGGAUUCAGUCUCCUGGAGGAACUGGACCUGGGGGACAAUCGGCACCUGAGAUUCCUGGAUGCGGAGACUUUUGCUGGCUUGGAGAAGCUUCACGCUUUGCACCUCUACCGCUGUGGCUUGACAUUUCUGCCCAAUGGAAUCUUUGAAGGUCUUCAUAACUUGCAGUAUCUCUACCUACAGGACAACCAUAUAGAGUACCUUCAGGAUGACCUGUUCCUGGAGCUGGUGAACCUCACACAGCUCUUCCUGCACGGGAAUAAGUUGUUGAGUUUAUCCCAGAACACCUUCCGAGGUCUGGUUAACCUAGACCGUCUGUUGCUUCACCAGAACCGGAUUCAUUGGGUGAACAAGCGAGCUUUCCAUGAUCUGCGUAGGCUUGACAUCUUAUACUUGUUCAAUAACAGCCUGAGCUCACUUCCUGGGGAAUGCUUGGCAGAGCUUGGAUCGCUGCAGUAUCUCAGGCUCAAUGGGAAUCCUUGGGAAUGUACCUGCAAAUCCCGAUCCUUGUGGGAAUGGCUGCAGAGGUUCCGGGGAACGAGCAGCAGCGUCAUCUGCGAGUCGCCCAGGGAUCUACAAGGGAUCGACUUGAAAGUCCUGUCUCCCUUGCUCUUCAAGAACUGCACGGCCUCGGAGUCACUCAACCAGAUUCGGACCCGGCAGCAGCACCCCCAUCAUGGGUUGGCACCGGGGCACUCCUCCCGGGGCCUGGCACCGGGACCGGAGCACGCCACGACUGGCCGCAACGGCAGCGGUAGCCAGUGGGACGACGAGGCCAAGGACUACCCGGGUGAGGGGGCACCGAAGAAGCCGGCGGACGGGGCAUGGGGCAGCGAUUACCUGCCUGACCCUGGCCAGAGGCCGCAGACCAUUCGCCCGUUCCCGCCCAAGCGCAGGCCCCGCGUGAAGUGCACCCGCCGCACCCACUUGGAGCCCCCACCAGGGAUCCAGCAGCCGGCCGGGAGUGGCAGCCACCCCAGCCCCAGGCUCAGGUGGCUCCUCCUGCUGCUGGCCCUGGUCCUGGUGGUACGUUGAACCCGUUAACCAUCUCCCGCUCCCAGCCCAACCUCCCCACCACCCCCCCCACCCUUGACCCUGCCCCCCACCCUCCGAUCCACCCACUCCAGUAAUGAAAAGGGCAAAAACUUUCUAACACUGCAGCCAAUCCAUACGGGACCAAAAAAAUGGGGGAAAAAAAAUAUCAAAAAAGAGUCAAUUUUUAAAAUCACGAGUGAUUUUUACUGUGCUUAGACAGACCACGGAUAUUGGUGGAUGGCAUUAUUGUUUCGGACGAUUGGAAUAUAAUUGGAAAUCAUUGGAAUAACAGUCCCAGUGGAGAUGAAUCAGUAACAAGGGGAUGAUAUGGCUAAGGACUACCUAGACAAGCAGCAGGAGACAUGUCGGAGGGAGUGCUCAGAGGUCAUGUUCGAAUGAAGCAUCUGUUUGACAUUCCUACUGCCAACUGUGCCCCCCACCCCACCCCCAUGCCCGACCUUGGGGAGCAGCCCUAAAACUCUUGGAUCGCACCAUUGCCUUUCUGGAAGGAUUUCUCCCUGCUCGUCGUCAGGAGGAUGAGAGUGACAGUCGCUGAAGCAAUGAUGGCUCCAGAGAUGGCUUCCCACAUGGGCGCGGGCACAUUCCUCAAACAACCCUGAAACAAAGCUGGCAUCGGCCACCUCCUCAUGAGGUUCCAUGGUGGUAAGAUCCCAGCUGAAUAAUAUGCAUCGCAUAAUCGCUGUGGAUGAUCAUGGUCUGGAAGCCAGAGCUUAAUUCAUCCAAGUUCCAAAAUCUGGAGGCCGGAUAAUUGUACCAAACAAUUUCUAUCGGAAUAAUUUUUUUUUUCAAAUCUGUCUAACCUAUCAUUUGGACAAUGGGAAGCCCUUAAAUAGUUGGCAUAAAUUAAUUUCUGGAAAUAUGUGGUUACAGGUUAUGUUGCUACCCUGGUACAGCUUUUGCUAAGGUGUUUUCUUUUUGUUCUGUCUCGAGGAGAUUGUUGAUGCUUUCUGCACAAGCCAUGGAUCGAGAUCGGAUGGACACAGGAGUCUGUGCUGUUUUAGUCCAACUCACUGGCUUCUGCUUUGUUCCCCCUCUCUCUUUCCCCCCUCCCACCACCCCCCAACAUUUGGGUGGUGGUCGCCAGGAGUUGAGCGGAAAUGAGACGCUAUCCAUUUUGUGUUCAGGAUGUGAUUCCAUUUGAUGGAGGGGGCACUAAGACCUCCCCAUUUAUUUUUGUUUCUGUACUCAAUGUAAAUUUGUUGUACCUGAAUUUACAGAAUUGCUUUAAAUAUAUAUCUAUACAAAAAAGACAAAAAAAAACUUUCCUUUUGGAAGAGAACACGGUAACAAAUGCAGUAUCCCUUUUUGUUCAGCUAUCUAAACAAUUAAAAAUGUAAAUCUGUUUUGCUUCUGUCAGCACAGUGGUGUUCCACAAGUCCAAAAUGCUUCAUUUUCAGUGUGGGGUUGGGGGCAAGGGGCAAAACCUCAGACUUGGAGCAUGAAGGGGACUGGAUUUCACCUCCCUGAUUACCUCCUCCAAGUCUAAAGACCUCCCCUCACUUCAACCCUUCAGAUCGAUUGCACCAUUAGUAUUCAUUCAAUCCUUAUCAUUUGUUUUUCAUUUUGAAGACCUCUUCCAUUCUAAGUUGGUUGUUUAACAUUGCAGGCACAGUGAUAUCUCAUCAACUGUACUAGAUUGGAGAUAAUCAGCGUGGAAGAAUGGGUGGAGGGUUGCUGCUGGGUGCAUUGGGUUCAACACUCCUUGUCCUCAAAUUCAAGAAAAAAUCUUGCUCUCCUCCUACACUCUUAAGGCUCCAUGUGUAGUGGGGUUAGGCAGACUCCACAUAGCUCAGUCCACUGUCAAGGUCGCCUCCCUCCCCUCCCAACUUGGUGCGUGUUGGUAUUUUCAGCAGGCAAACUAUGACAACCAAAUGGCACGGGAAGAUGGAAGAGCUCAUGCUGGUGCAUCGGGAGGGAUGUUUCGCUAUGACUGGGUCUAGUAAAUCAUUAAGGAGAGCAAGGGAGAGUCUUACCCUGUGCCUUAACAUCCUUUGACCAUGUGAGAGUGCUCAGUGUUAUCAGGGACAGCAAGCUCUGGUCACCCUUCACAUUUUCAUGAGUGUAUUGAAUUACUUGAAAUGAAUAGCACAGAAGCAGGCCAUUCAGCCCAACAGGUUAGUGAUAGUGUCAAUAUUUUUUCAUUCAUAUGUGGGAUGUAGGUGCCACUGGCUAGGGCAGCAUUUAUUGCCUGCCCUUAAUUUCCUGGGAGAAGGUGUUAGUGAGCUACCUGGUGUAGGUGCGUGGGCAGAGCAAUCAGGGAGGGAGUUCCAGGAUUUUGAUCCAGCGACAGUGAAGGAACAGUGAUAUCAUCUCAGGUCAGGAUGUUGUGUGGAUCAGAGGGGAAUUUGAUGAGUGGUGGUCUUCCCAUUCAUCUGCCAGCCUCGUCCGGAGAUGACAGGUUUGAAAGGAGCUGUAACAGGAUUCCUGAUGAGUUACUGCAGUGUACCUUGUGGAUGGUACACACCACUGCUACUGAGUGUUAAAGGUGAAGGGAGAGCUUACUGAAGCUGGGAUGCCCAUCUAAUGGACUGCUUUGUCCCGGAUGGUGAAUGUCCCUCACAAACCUGCUCCCACCCACUUCUCAGUUCACUAUCUCAGUGUAACCUUUCCCCCUCUAAUUUAUACACCCUAAACAUGAUUUUGUUUUCGGCUGCACACACAUGAGAGUGCUACAAAUAGCAAUCCUUCCUGGGUAACAAAAACAGGGAUAAAAGCUUUUAUCAUUCAGCAGUAACAAUUCUGAAAAGUAACCAUCUUCACCUGAAUUAAGGCAAUACAAGAAAAUGUUUAAAAUGUUACCCCAUGACAGCAAUGAUUUGAUGUUUAUUUGACAGUAUUGAAGGAUUUUAAACUUUGAAGAGGAAUUUUCUUCAUCAGAUUAAGCAAGGACUGUUAAUGUUGUGCAGCGCAUCCCCUCCUGAUUUCACUUAUCCAGUGAAAAACAAGCAAUUACCAUCUAAUUAAUAAACUGUUUGUACAGCACUCACCAAAUAAAAUGGUAGCACAAAAUGAUAGCCUUACCUAAUUUUAUUUAUUGCUUAUACUGUUCUUUUUAUAUAUAAAAAAAGACUGCAAAGGGCUCCUGGGCAAAGUAUAUAAUUUG